GUAGAACACAAUGCACAUCAAAAUUGCAACCUUCUCCAUCCAAUAAACCUGACACAGUGAACCAAACAGGCUAAAAGAACACAAACCCUAAUCAAUAAAAAAUUGUGUUGCAGAAAAAAACCAUGGCGGGGGAAGAGACCACCGGGAAGAAGAGGGUGGUGACAGAAUCCCUAGGAUGGCUAACGGAAUCGUCGAUAAUGCCAAAGAAGCACCGAGCCAUAGCUGGCGUUGGCGCAUCCUCAAUCCUCGAAUUGAAGGCUGAACUAUACAAGUCUCAGGAAGAUUCCAAAAAAUCACGCGAAUUGGCCGGCCCCGAUGCCGAGUAUCAACGCGCCAAGAACAAAAUCGCCCCCAAAGACAAAUUCUCCGUCAAAAACCGCGGUGUCGAUGCCCGCGCUCACAAGGACAAGCUUGAGUUGAAGGCGGUGAGUGAUGGAACGGCGAGUUAUGCGGCGCUAGAGAGGAAGGCUGAGUUGUAUGAGAAGUUGGUGAAUGGAGAGUUGUCGGAUGAGGAGGAUCAAGAGAAGUAUUGUGUGGAUUUUUUCCGCAAGGGAAUUGAGCAUGAUGAGUUGCCGCCACCGCCACUGGGCCGUGAUGUGUUGCUACAAAAUGAAGAUGGUCCUGUUAAUGAUGAUGAUGAUUCAUUGAUGUUUAACAUGAAGCCUGUUGGGCCUGGGCGAACAGCUGGAGCUGUUGACAAUGCUGAUUAUAAACGCAAUAUUAGGGAAGUUCAUGAAGAAGUUAAUCGAGCAAGAGAGAAGGCUUCUGAAAUUAAACUUCGAAGGCAGGAGCAGGUGGCUGCUCAUCGCGAGAAACUUAAACAAGCCUAUCUUCGAAAGAGGCUGGAGCAACUAAAAGCCACAUCUAUUGUAUCUGGAUCUGAGAAUAAACAAACCUGAUCACUGCACCAGUUGGUAUGCAUAACUUACCAAGGUUAAUGUUGGUGAAACCAAGACUUCAUUGAAGAAAGGCACGAGGAGUUGAAAGCUGGCAAAAAAAAAAACUGCAUUAUCCUCUAAUGCUGUGUUUGGUUGAGGGGGAGGAGAGAAAUAGAAAAGUUGUGAGGGUUCCAUGUGGAUUUCUCGCUUCCUACAAUAUACUUAAAUUUGAAUAUAUCGCUUAUAUUUUUAUCCUCUAUUUUCAUUCUCUGGUCCAAACACAUUGCUUCAAAAGAUGAAGGGAAAAGAAUAAAAAAAAAAAAGAUGGAGGCAGAAGAAACAUUUUUUUCCUGUUGUAAAUAGUGUGUAACUUGAACAAUGCUGAUUACAUGAAAUAUUGAUUUGAGCUUUGGAAAAAGAUUGUUGGCUUAAAAACAUGAACAGCAGAGCCUAGAAACAAUUAAGUUGGCUAGUCUUCUCUUCA